AUGUCUGAGCCACCCGUCGCACGCAUGGGCAAUAUCCUCAGGGGGGUAGAGCUGUCGCUGAGAGAGUGCGAUACCACGCGGUCAUUCCUACGCCACUGUCAAGCCUUCCGCGAUCGAAUCUUAGAAGACGAGCAGCUCAGUAUUGCUUACGCGACAUGGCUCGACUUGACUCUCAAGCGACGCGGUCUCAAGCCGUCGGACCCGGACGAUCGCUGGAAGUAUCUGCGAGAUCUCGCUGCUCGGCCCGUGGGGAGCGGUGAGGUAGCACGGAGGACUCGGGCGUUGGCCACACUAGGCGGUUACAUCUCAUGGGAGAAGACAGAGCAUUACAACUUUCACCUGGCUCCUCGACCAAUGUUGGAAUUAGCUGUGGCGCUGACAAGGAGUACCUCUUUCGACUGGGCCGCAUUUGCGGGCAGAAUUAAUUGCGCCAUGCUGAUGACCCACAUUAGGGCCAUCGAAGAUGCGGCGGGCAGACAGAUAACCAUUGUCGAUGGCCGCUCAUUUAGAAAUGCCGACAUCAAAGUCGCACUUAAGACCGCUGCAACUUCCGAUCUCCUCAAACUUGUGAGCCAAUGGGCUGGGUGUGCUGACGGUCACAUGUGGCUUGACGAUGGAGAGUGCUUGGCCCGGCGGCCCUAUGUCCAGAUGUACCUUCUUCAGUACGAUGCAUUCGGAAUCCUUGUGCCAAGGACAAACGUGCAGCAGAUCCAACCAUGUGAUCAAUGUCACCAUCUUGGUACACCGCCGGAUGCAGCUAAGGUGACCAGCAGCGCGCAAAGAUGCCCGCCUACAAAGGCUCAAUCAGACAAUGGCAGAAGACCAACUACAGCGGGCAAAGUACCAAAGCUGACUGUCUUACGCACACCAAUUACCAAAUGCCAGAUGUCUCGUGUCCCCUCAGCUAGCUGGCAAAUGAGCAAGUCACAACACAGCUUCGGCGAAGUUGAAAACUCAAGCAACACUUCAGACGACGAGCACACUACAAUGGCAACACCGUGUGGAGAAGGCUGUAUGCAUGACUUUGAUACAGAUAUGCUGGAUCCAUCCGAAUCUAGUCAGGUGGACUGGAGUUCAUGCUUCCACGCAAAUAUGUCCGAAGAGAGCGCCGCUCCCUUGGACUUCCCUCCUCCCCAGUUGGUUGUGUCUCCGAGCAGACUGAACAAACCAUUUGUACCUGAGUCGCACAACUUUACACUUCCGCGGCCCCCGACGGAGCCCGUGUUUGAUGAAGCAUAUACAUUAGCUCUCGAGCAGUGUAUGACGCAUAAACUCGGAUCGAGCUUGUCAAGAUGGACAGACGAGUUACGUUCCGCAACGGUAUACCACGAUCCUGCAGGACCAGCAAACCCCAAUACAGCGCAACAUACGGCGGACAUAUGGUGUAUGGACGAGCAAGCCUUUUGCAGAUUUGCCCAAGACAAGAGUUUCGAUCGGCCAAUUUUGAUCAAAGAAAACUUCAAGGACGCCGUGGACUUCAGUCUCGAUCGCUGUGUCCGAGAGAUCUGCGAUCGGCUUGCCGGGUCCGAAUUAAAUGUACAAAGUCCCAGCUCCGAGAGUGAGGAGCGCAUAUCUUGCGACGCUUUUGUGCGGGCGCUUCUGCAGACGGAGGGAGCCUACAGUGCUCCACGACUCCCUCCAUGGGCAGACGCUAACAAGCCUCGCUUAACUAGUCUUCCUCGUUAUCGCCUGCUGAAGAUGUUGGUAGAGCGACUUGAAGCUCAGCGUGGACCUGAUGACUCAGACAUGUCAUUGCUACGCGAGACGACUGCGGAACACGACACGAUCAGUGCGCGAGGUGCAUACUCCGGCGCACGCAUCGACGCCUUGACAGGAGGUUGGAUUAGAAAUUUGCUGGGCAAAUCCUUGUGGUUGUUCGUCCCACGAAAAGCCAUGACAUCGGAUGACUGGGACUGCUUCUCGAAAGCAGGCCAUGGGUGGGAUCCCCAAGGGAAGGCUCGUGCAGUGUUUCUCCACACAGGCGAYGUUCUUUUCAUCCCACCCGGAUUGCACAUCGUCUAUAGUGUACUGACUCUUGAAAGCAGCUGGAUGGAGCGUGGCUUGGUGUGGGAUGAGUGGAGCAUUGCUCGUUUGUUAGAAAGCCUUCAUUGGCUUGGGGACGUUCGGGGUGCGAAAACAGAAUCAUGCGCCAGCUUCUUGCAGGAAGUGAUAGCGGCACUAGAAGAAGUCGUGACGAUGGAUCCGCAGCGAUUUGCCAGAGGCGCAGAUAUCAACGGAUUCCAAAGUCAAUUCAAAGUCGUGGUGGAGGAGGUUGCUGCGUUUUUCUCGGCAGACUACAGUUGA